UGGAGGCGCAAAGCCUUCGGAGCGGUGGCAGACAUGGAGUGUAUCCGGCUUUUGAGGCAGCGGCUACGGCCUGGCGUGCACUGUUUCUUUGGCAGGCGGCAUUGCUGCACUUGCAGCAGCCGCUGUGGUCCGCUCCUGGGUGGAAGCUCGUGGCGCUUUCCAAGCGGGGCUCCGCUGGGGUGCGGAUCCGAAAAGUGCCGGUGGCGCAGAAGUGGCGGACAGACCUUACUUUGCGCAUAUGCUCUUUCUCAGCAGUGCAGUACAGAGGUGACUCAGGCUACUUUAGCCAGUGUGGCACCAGUGUUUUCAGUGAUGAAAUUUGAUAAAGAAGGCAAUGUUAUCUCCUAUGAAAGAAAGAAAACAGAAUUAUAUCAGGAACUAAGUCUUCAAGCCCGAGAUCUACGGUUUCAACAUCAAGUAAAUAUAACACCCAGGAACAACAAAAUUAUUAUGAGAAUGGAGUUUUUGAAGGCUGUGAUAACACCAGAGUAUCUUCUAAUCCUAGACUAUCGCAAUACAAAUCUGGAAAAAUGGCUGUUCCAAGAACUGGCAUCUCAGCUAGCUGGAGAAGGUCAACUAGUUACAUAUUCUUUGCCAUUUGAAUUCAGAGCUAUAGAAGCACUGCUGCAGUAUUGGAUCAGCUACCUGAAUGGCAAACUUAGCCAUCUGCAGCCUCAAAUUCUUGAAACUCUGAAUGCUUUAGUGGAUCCUAAGCUUUUGUCCCUGGAUAGGAGUAAAGUCCAUAUCUUACUGCAAAAUGGAAAGAGUUUGUCCGAAUUAGAAACUGACCUUAAAGUUUUCAAGGAGACGAUAUUGGAAAUCCUAGAUGACAAAGAAGUCAUGGAAGAACUGUGUCUGACUAAAUGGACAGAUCCAGAAGUAUUUGAGGCGAGUCUCUCUGGAAUUGACCACGUGGAGGAGAUGGAACUGCUAUUGGAAAAUUACUACAGGCAGGCAGAAGAUCUUAUGAAUGAAACCCGGGAACUUAAAAUACUGAUUGAUGAUUCUGAAAGUAUCAUCUUUAUCAACUUAGACAGCCACCGUAAUGUUAUGAUGAGGUUAAACUUGCAGCUGACCAUGGGUACUUUUUCAAUCUCGCUUUUUGGAUUGAUGGGAGUAGCAUUUGGUAUGAAUUUGGAAUCAUCAUUUGAAGAGAACCAUGGAAUGUUUUGGCUGGUGACAGGAAUUAUGUUCCUAGGCAGUGGCUUAAUUUGGCGGCGCCUGCUUACAUUUCUUGGGCGGCAUCUAGAACCAUCAAUGUUCCCACCAAUGCCGGCUUUAUUGAAAAAAACACAGUCAGCCAAUGGAAAAGUAGAGUUUAAGAAUGUUUUCAAAACAGAAUCCUUUGAGUCAAGCAGAAGUACAAUGACCAGCCAAUGACAUGAAUACUCCAGGGUAACUUGAACUUGAGACUAUCAUCCUGGAUUUACUUUUCCAAAAAAAAUGUAGCAGCCUUUACCUUUUGACUGUGUUAUAUCCCAAAAAUACGAAGUUAAAAAUCUUCUGUUAUGGAGAGAAGACUUCAGAGUUUUGAAUACCCCAGUAAAACGUAAAUCAUGUAAAUGUUAAAAGUAUCCCCUUUUUUCCUCUAACGCCUUCUGUGGGAAUUCGGACAAAAUUUAACCUUUUGCCAAUAUAAGAAAACCAUGUCUACCCUAAUAAUAGUUUCACACAUAUUCCUUCGUAGGUAUAGUUCAUAAAAGGAAAAAAGUGUUGUCUAAAUUAUUUCUAAAGAGUGAGAUAUAUUUAUAUAAAAAUAGUAUUAUCUCUGAUAAAUUCUUUUUUGAAAAUAAUAUACCAUAAUGUUAAUUUCACGUUGUAUUGUUUAGAUUUAGUAUUUUGUAAAGAUACUGUUUUAUUGUUCUUUCUUCAGUUAAUGGAUUCCGAAAGGUAAAAAGCUUAUUUCACUCAAUUUUAUAUUCCUGUCAUAAUUACCAAAAAUAGAGUUACUAGUACUGUUUUAGGAGAAAGCUCCCCCAUUUUAAGGCAACUUCAUUUGUUUGUGAAGCUUGUGGUGCCUCUUUAAAAAGGAGCUCAUGAGAGAAGUAAUACUUGCUUGCAGAAGGUUGCCAUGAGGCAGGCAGCCUUGUCAGAAAGCUGAGAUUCACAUUGCAUCACAUCAGCUGGGCUCUUUGGCAAAAACAGAAAGGUAAUUUGGGUGCUUGCUGAGCCCUGGAGCUGGGAGAGGAGCAGGCCAAGUCCUGCAAGUUCCUUGGGCAGCCAGAUGAGAAGUAGGCCUUGGUUUACAGGCUGCAAUUGCCCUAUCACCUCUACAGACCAUCUUUAGGCUCCUUUGCAUAGCUGAAUAGUCACUUGGAAGCAGGCCGAUGCCUGGAGAAAUUCCAUGGGGCAGGCCCUUGGGUGGCUGGAUGGGAAGUAGGCCUCGGCCUAAAGCAAGAGUGGGCAUUUAAUUUUCCCAAAGAACAUGAGAAACGGACUCUUGUGGAGGGAUGUUGCUGUAACCAUCACAAUCACAUCGCUGCCAUUGUCCAAACACCACUACCACACUUUUAUUUUAUUUAUUUUUAUUUAUUUAUUUUUGUCAUAACAAUAUACACAAGCAUAACACAAAAAGAUUAUAUAGUAUAUAAACAUAUAUAUGAGGAGAAACAAGGAAGUAUAAGCAUAUAUAUAUAUAUAUGGAACUAUAUAUAUAUAUGGAAAGAAACAAUAGGACAGGAACGGUAGGCACGUUUGUGCUCUUAUGCACGCCCCUUAAAGUCCUCUUAGGAAUGGGGUGAGGUCAACAGUGGAUAGAUUUUGGUUAAAGCUUUUGGGGUUAUGAGAAGAGACCACAGAGUCAGGUAAUGCAUUCCAAGCACAGAUAAUUCUGUUACAGAAAUCAUAUUUUCUGCAAUCCAAACUGGAGCGGUUGACAUUAAGUUUAAAUCUAUUGGUAGCUCUUGUGUUAUUGUAGUUGAAACUGAAGUAGUCAUUUGCAGGAAGGACAUUACAACGGAUGAUUCUAUGAGCUAAACCCAGGUCCUGUCGAAGGCGAUGGAGUUCCAAGUUUUCUAAACCCAGGAUUUCAAGUCUGGUGGAAUAAGGUAUUUUGUUGGUUACGGAGGAGUGGAGAACUCUUCUCGUAAAAUACCUCUGGACACGCUCAACUGUAUUGAUGUCAGAAAUAUGGUAUGGGUUCCAGACAGGCGAGCUGUAAUCAAGAAUUGGCCUAGCAAAUGUUUUAUAUGCUCUGGUCAGUAGUGUGGUGUUUUUGGAAAAGAAGCUACGUAGGAUUAGGUUAACAACUCUUAGAGCCUUUUUUGCUAUGUAGUUGCAGUGGGCUUUGGCACUUAGAUCAUUAGAUAUGAAAACUCCAAGGUCUUUGACAGGGUGGGGGUCAUCUGUAAGGUAAUGUCCAUCAAGCAUGUACUUAGUGUUUGGGUUCUUUUUUCCAAUAUGUAAGG